AUGAAAAGCGCGUCAGCCUUCCCCAAGUUAAGCGGGGAUACAAAAGCCAAGAAAGAUAUCUUAGAAGAGAAUACUGUCUUAUCGGACUACCUCCCUCAGUUUUGGGACUCCGUUAUUGCUAAACGAUAUAUUUGCGCACAGAAACCUUCGGGUUUCACGUUGUACGAGCCCCAGCCUGGGGAACUAACAGAGCAUCAUUCUGACAGGGACUGUGAGAAGAAAAACUCUAAGCCUAUCCAUCUGCCUUUUGGGGAUGGAGGUACAACUGUGAGCUUGACAUAUAGGGGUGAGUGUAUGCAGAUAUCGCGAUAUCUGGGCUGUGGCCAGUCGUCUAUUUUUUCGAUUGAGCAUGAAUCGCUCCCCGUGCCCUUCUUGGCUUACCGUCGCAAUAAGUCGUUUACGCAUAUGCAGCGUAUUGGAUAUGGCUUUGGUCUAGGCUUAGAAGCCCCGACACUAAACCAUGACCUGCGAAUACAGUGGCUACGCAGUCGUUGGCCUCGCCUGACAAGUGAGGCAGAGGGGUGGAAACUCGAACAGCAAUGGGCUGUUAAAGAAGGUGUUGUGAUAGCACACUCCCGAAUGCAUAAUAAGAGCAACUGCGACUAUAUCAGCACAUCUCUCGCAAAGGACCUUGGUUUUCGUAUCAGAGAACUAGACUUCAUUAGUCGAGACUGUCCGUUCAACGAUGAUGACAAUGACGACCAGCGUUACGCAGAAGGUGCUGGACCUGGCGGAUACGGUUUUGUCAAAAUCCAUGAGUUUCCAUCGAAAGGUCUAGGAGCAUAUCGCCACAAAGCAAGACGCACAGAAGCAAAUGACGCUGAACAGCCCUGCCAGCCUGACGGGGUGACCGUAGUGGUGGGAUUCUUUGUGAACGGAGAGCCGUGGACAAUAGACCGGAUUGAAACAGAAGACAUACAAAUCAAACCAAGGGGCUAUACAGACUUGGUGGUGGGUUACAGACUGGCUCUCAUUUCGAAGCAAGCAGACAAUCUCGCUCUUCUUACAUUGACGGCUAAGGAUUUGGACAUCAACGAAUACUUCAGCCGAACGAUAGGGGAGGGAGUUAGCCUACCAAAUGAAUUUCCACUCGGAAAACGUCCACUAUCUAAAUUUUUUGUGGAAAGAAAUGUGGAAAAUAUCCUUUCAGUUUGCAUGGUUCCCGUAUCUGACGACUACAUAUGGGACUACGAGGCAGCUAGAAAAGGAAGAGAGAAAGGACUCGCAAAGGAUCAAAUACUUGCUUUGACUUGCGGUGGUUUGUCGGGGCACCGGAUUUGUCACUCGGCUAGCUACUUUGCUUUCAGGUUUCUGGUUGAGGUCGCUGAAAACAUCCCGAAAGACCACGGACUCCGAAACCGCAUACGAGAUGCUUGCUUGGGCCAUCUCCGAUGGGUACUCUUAAAGGCAGAGGUACGUGAAGGAAAAUAUGCCCGCAACUACUGGAUAAGUGGUAGAAUCAUGCCCCCAUCAAUACGUCUAUUGAAUGAUGGGCCCACCGAUACACCGUUUCAAAUUCUUAAAGCUUAUGAGUACCAUCGUGUUUUUGAUCAAACCAACAAUGGUUCAGAUGUUAUUGACCUUCUGAGUGAAGCUGGUAGUGGCGAGGGUUUUGCCGUGGUGAAAUGGCUUCAACAGCUUGAGCAGGAGGAUGCGAGGAAUGGAUGCGUCUGGAGUCACGGGCGCCGAGUUGGAAUGGACUAUUACCGACUAGACGACCAAGCCUGGAUUUGGGGCUCAUUGAAAGCUCUGAGUACGAUGCUCAAAUGGAAUGCGGAGACCAGAAAGGAAGGUAUAUACCGAUUGGCAAGAAGGUAUAGCCAAAAUGGACGAAUGGAAUACAAUCAGGAAGAGAUGACAAGAUUGCAACAGAAGUAUGAUCCGGAAAGGGUAAGACAGGAGGUUUUUAAUAGAUUCCCGGCCACGAACCCGAACAUUAAUGGUGGAAAAAUGUUCGCAUUGACAAGAUCGCCACAGGAGAGUCGAUUUGAAUUCCACUCGCGCGACACAGCAUUGUUCUACCAGUUGGGAGGACAUUUGUUUUUGGACGACAUGAACGCGCCUUGGGAAAGGACACUGAAUGCCCAGAAGUUAUUCCCCUCCAAACGCGACACUGAAUCAGACAACUCAUUACGCUACGGCCUGAGGCUUCUGAUGGCUGUCAAAGGAUUCUCAACCAACACUCUGCAUCAACCAGCAGAAGCACUGGAGGAGGCGCAAAAGUUCAUUAAAGCCGGGGUACUAACCAAUGGCUUGUUUUCCAACAACAUCAAUGACAGCAGUGAAGCAGUCCCCCAUGACUACUAUCGGGAUCGCAACCUACAUAUUCCAUUCGAAAUGUUGUACAUCAUAUGGAGCACACGAGACAAGGUAACGCCACAGAAAAUGCACGCCACGAUGAAGGAUAUCACGACCCGACAGACAAUCGUUAUGAGCAGAACGCCAUUCAAUAACCGGCUUGACGAAAGGAGCCUAGUUCUAUUGAAAGGCGAGUGGUUAUAUAAUUAUCCUAUCUUCCUCUCCUGGCAACCUGACAGAGUCCGCCUUCGUUUUGACCCUUUAUGGGAGCGGUAUAUAUUACAGGGUCAACGACUCUCCAAGCAAGAGGACGAAGAAGUAAUUAAAUUCACCGGCAUUGGUUAG